CAUGCUGAGGCCGAAAGAUCUCUGCCAGGGCUCCGGCACCAAAACUUUCCUGGACGCCAUGCAGAGCGGCAAGGUCCACCUGGCUCGCUUCGUCCUGGACGCUUUAGAUGGACGAAUAAUCAAUGGGAAAACCGAAAACAGCCGUACGCUCCUAAUGCACGCCGUUUGCCUUCAAGAUAACGCAUCACGCUCUAAAUUCACCCAACUUUUGUUGGAGAAAGGAGCUGAUGUGAACAUACGAGAGGAUCACGGACGCACGGCUCUGAGUUUUGCUUGUGAACAGGGAUAUUUGGAUUCAGUGAAGCUUCUGGUGCAGUUUAAUGCAGACCCUGAGCUGACAGACACAUGGGGGAACAGUGCACUGAUGUACGCCGCAUGCGGAGGUCACAGCCAGGUUUUGGAGUUUUUAGUUCGUGCUUUUAAGAAGCUUGGUCUGCGAUUAGAUCGCACAAAUAACGCCGGACACUCAGCAGCACAAGUUGCUGAUUUCUUCGGGCACAACCAAUGUGUUCAAACCCUCAACACUUGUGGAAAAAAGCUAAUAAGUCCAACAAACAGCAGUGGAGAUUCAGCGGAAGAUCUCCGCUGGCCCAAUCGACUCCCAAAACAAGUCCUGGAGAGAUUCUCCAAGCAAAUCCAGAGCAAACAUGAGGAGAUCCUCCCGGCUUUGUUUCAGAGACAGCUUUGUGUUGGCGACUCUAAUAAUCUGAGGAUUCGCUUCAGACAUGAACCAAACACAAAAUCUGAAGCUGAAUGUGAUUUAUUAUUCACCUCAAAACAGAUUCAAAACUCAGCGCUGAGUGAGAGUGAAUCUGAUGCCAAACUUUGGGGGAAAUCUCCAUCUUUAAACCUAGAGCUCAGAAAGCAAUCCUACCAAGGAGACGUUCGAGAGACCAACAGAUCGGCUAGUCGGUUUAAAAGAGCGUCCCUGCAGGAUGAGAAACCGCUCAGGUUUUACAACACAAGCGUCCUAAAUCCAGUCGUUCCCAAAUCAUCCAGACCAAGCAAACUGCUGUGCAGUCGGGAGGAAAUGCAGCCUGACAGGAUCAAACCUCGCUCUUCGGGACUGUCCGGAUUGGGGACAAGACUCCUUCGCAGAUUCACCGCUCCCGAAUUCAUGAGGAUCCACAGAGACUGUCCCAGCAGUGGCACAGGGCACGCUAAAGGGAAAAUGUCUCGCUCGGAGACCUUCCCGUUCUCUCAACACCAGAGAGUGAACAGCCAGCCCAGCGUGGACAGCAUCAGCGCCGUCAGAUGCGAAUUUGAGAACAAUUCUGUCAUUUUCAGCUCCUAAAAUGAGCUCCGGGUGAGUGCAGCGCCUCCUGUGGGCGUUUAAAGGAGAACAGACGUUCAUUUAAAAGAUGUUUAUGACUAUCAGAGGCUAUACUGUAAAA